AUGCUGGUGCGAUAUAUCCUGCUCGUUGUUUGGCUUGCCUUCGUGUCUUCAGACGAGGAUAAACUGGGAACUGUACAUGACGCCGAUGAUAGAUAUGGAGACUUGGACUUCGAUUCCCUUCCCGAGAGAGUUAAGGAAAUCCUACGUUCAAGCAGAGCUACCGAUAAUGGGUGUUGGAGACUCCUGGAACAGUACCAGGAGAAUGAGACCGGGUGUUGGAGACUCCUGGAACAGUACCCGGAGAAUCAGACCAGGUGUUGGAGACUCCUGGAACAGUACCCGGAGAAUCAGACCAGGUGUUGGAGACUCCUGGAACAGUACCAGGAGAAUCAGACCAGGUGUUGUAGACUCCUGGAACAGUACCAGGAGAAUCAGACCAGGUGUUGGAGACUCCUGAAACAAUACCAGGAGAAUCAGACCAGGUGUUGGAGACUCCUGGAACAGUACCAGGAGAAUGAGACCAGGUGUUGCAGACUCCUGGAACAGUACCAGGAGAAUGAGACCAGAUGUUGGAGACUCCUGAAACAAUACCAGGAGAAUCAGACCAGGUGUUGGAGACUCCUGGAACAGUACCAGGAGAAUGAGACCAGGUGUUGGAGACUACUGGAACAGUACCAGGAGAAUCACACCAGGUGUUGGAGACUCCUGGAACAGUACCAGGAGAAUGAGACCAGGUGUUGUAGACUCCUGGAACAGUACCCGGAGAAUCAGACCAGGUGUUGGAGACUCCUGGAACAGUACCAGGAGAAUGAGACCGGGUGUUGGAGACUCCUGGAACAGUACCAGGAGAAUCACACCAGGUGUUGGAGAUUCCAGGAACAGUACCAGGAGAAUCAGACCAGGUGUUGGAGACUCCUGGAACAGUACCAGGAGAAUCAGACCAGGUGUUGGAGACUCCUGGAGCAGUACCAGGAUAGUCAGACCAGGUGUUGGAGAUUCCAGGAACAGUACCAGGAGAAUCAGACCAGGUGUUGGAGACUCCUGAAACAAUACCAGGAGAAUCAGACCAGGUGUUGGAGACUCCUGGAACAGUACCAGGAGAAUCAGACAGGGUGUUGGAGUUUCCUGGAACAGUACCAGGAGAAUCAGACCGGGUGUUGGAGACUCCUGGAACCCUACCAGGAUAGUCAGACCAGGUGUUGGAGACUCCUGGAACAGUACCAGGAGAAUGAGACCAGGUGUUGGAGACUCCUGGAACAGUACCAGGUGCUUCAUCAACCACACCCGUCAUAG